AUGGCGGAACCCGAGGCGCCGCCGAGCCCUGUGCCUGUGAGGUUCGGCAUCCUAGGGGCGGCGAGGAUCGCAAAGAAGGUGGUCCGCGCGAUGCGGUGCGUGCCGGGUGUCAUCCCGUACGCCAUAGGCAGCCGUUCUUACGAGCGAGCCGCGCAGUUCGCUAAGGAGGUCGGCAUGGCUGACGACGCCGCGAUUUACGGCAGCUACGCUGACGUCAUCGCGGAUCCGUUAGUAGACGCCGUUUAUAUCCCGCUGCCGACUGGGCUCCACGUGGAGUGGGUGGUGAAAGCCGCGAAUCACGGAAAGCAUAUUCUGCUAGAGAAGCCCGUGUCGCUGAAUGUGGAUGAUCUGAAUACCAUGAUCGCAGCCGUCGAUUCGGCGGGGGUUCAGGUCAUGGACGGCACGAUGUGGAUGCACAACCCACGGGCAGCCGAAAUGAAAGCGGCCAUGCAGGACAGAGAAUCUUUCGGGCAGCUCAUGCGCGUGACGUCAAAUUUCUUCUUCCCAGCAUCAGAGGAAUUCAUGAAGAGAGACAUUCGGCUGAAGAAGGAUCUAGACGGAUUGGGGUGCUCCCUCGCUACAAUCACACUCGAAGACUUCACUAUCCCCUUCCAGGAGAAUAAGGUCGAGUUUGUGAUUGAAAAGGGUUCCAGAUGGCCAAAUUCAGAUCUGGUGGUGGAAUCAACGGUGGAGAGAAGGGAGGUUGUGCUGACGUGGACGCAGGAGGCGAUGAUGAUUGCUGAGCUGGCACGGAUCGUGAGGGGAGUGAGAGGGGGGGGAGGGAGGGCGGCAUUGGAUCGGAGAUGGUUGGAUAUGAUGGUGCAGACACAGCGGGUGGUGUGUGCCGUGCAUGACUCGAUUGUGCAAGGAGGAGUGCCGCUGAUUAUAGAGAAUGGCCAGGAGAGAAGUCAGGAGUAG